AUGGGUGUUGGUGGGGAUGGGGGGGUGGGGGGGUGGGUGGUUGUGGGGGGGGAGAUUGGGUGUUGGGGAUGUGGGGUUGUGGGGAUAGUAGGGGGGGGGGUGGGGGGUGGUAGAAUGUGUGGUAUGGGGUUGAUGGGGGGUGGUGGGGGGGUUUGGUGUGGUGUGGGGGGGGGAUUUUAUUUGGUUGGGGUUGGGGGUGGGUGGGUGGGGGGUGGGGGGGGGUUUGGUGUUGUUUGUGGGGGUGGGUGGUGGGGGAGCUAUUGGGGGGGUGGGGUGUGGGUGGGGUGUUGGGGGGGGGUGGUUUGGUGGGUGGGGGGGGGUGUGUUUUUGGUUUGUGUGGUGGUGGGGGGGGGGGGGGGGUUGAUGGGGUGGGUUGGAAUGUUGUUUGGUAGUGGGUUGUGUGGGGGGGGGGGGUUUUGGGGUUGGUGGGGGUGUGGGGUUGGGUGGUUUUUUGGGUGUGUGUAUUGGUGGUUUGUGUGUGUGGUUUGUUUGUGGUUAGUUGGGUGGGGUGUGGGGUUGGGGGGGGGGUUGGUGGUUUGGGGGGGGGGUGUGGGUUGGUGGGGGUGUGGGGGGGUGGUUGUGUUGUGUGGGUUGAUGGUGGGGAUUGUGGUGUGUGUGGAGGGUGGGGGUAUUUUGGGGGUGGUUGUGGGGGGUGAUGGGGGGGGGGGGUUAGGGGGGGGGGUGGGGAUUAGUGUGGUUUUAGGGGGGGAGGUGGGGGGGUUUGGGGUGUGGGGUGGAUUAUGGGGGGGGGUUGGUUGGUUUUUUGGUUUUGGGGUGGUGGGGUUGAGUAAGAUGGGGAGGUUAGGUUGGGGGGUUGGGGGGGGUGGAGGAAGUAGGGGGGGGUGUUAG